GGGAGAGAAGACACAGACGUGAUGGGCCAGGCUCCAAAGUGGAAUUUCGUGCUUCAAACAGAUUGAAAGAGGGGAACAAGGCGUUUUGUCCUGCUUUCAGUCAUGAAUCAGAUCACAAUUCAAUGGGAUGUGGUAAUAGCUCUUUACAUAUUCUUCAACUGGUGUCAUGGAGGAAUUACAAAUAUAAAAUGCUCUGGCCACAUCUGGGUAGAGCCAGCCACAAUUUUUAAGAUGGGUAUGAGUAUCUCUAUAUACUGCCAAGCAGCAAUUAAGAACUGCCAACCAAGCAAACUUUAUUUUUAUAAAAAUGGCAUCAAAGAAAGAUUUAAAACCACAAGGAUUAAUAAAACAACAGCUCGACUUUGGUAUAACAACUUUCUGGAACCGCGCGCGUCUAUGCAUUGCACUGCUGAGUGUCCUGGCUAUCUUCAAGAGACACUGAUAUGUGGAAAAGACAUUUCUUCGGGAUAUCCACCAGAUGUCCCUGACAAGGUAACCUGUGUCAUUUAUGAAUAUUCAGGCAACAUGACUUGUACCUGGAAUACUGGGAAGCCCACCUACAUAGACACCAAGUAUGUGGUGUAUGUGAAAAGUUUAGAAACAGAAGAAGAACAACAAUAUCUCGCAUCAAGUUAUAUUAACAUCUCCACUGAUUCAUUACAAGGAGGCGAGAAGUACUUGGUCUGGGUCCAAGCUGCAAAUGUACUUGGCACAGAGAAGUCAAAACAACUGCAAGUUCACCUGGAUGAUAUAGUGAUACCUUCUGCAACCACCAUUUUCAGAGCAGAGGAUGUAAAUACUCCAGUGCCCAAGACCAUAAUUCACUGGAAUAGUCAAUCAACAAUUGAAAAGGUUUCCUGUGAAAUGAGACACAAGGCCACAACAAACCAAACUUGGAAGGUUAAGGAAUUUGACACCAAUUUCGCACAUGCGCAACAGUCAACAUUCUAUCUGGAGCCAAACACUAAAUACGUAUUUCAAGUGAGGUGUCGAGAAGCAGGUAAAAGAUACUGGCAGUCCUGGAGUUCACCCUUUUUUCAUAAAACACCUGAAAGAGUUCCCUUGGUCAUGCUGAAAUCAUUCCAACAUGAUACUCGGAAUUCUGGGCUUCUCAUUGCUUCCAUCUUUAAAGGACAACUUACUUCUGACACCAGGCAACAGAACAUUGGACUUUUAUCGGGCAUGGUCUCCUUUGCUGUUGUGUUGUCAAUUCUUUCUUUGAUUGUGAUAUUUAACAAAUCGCUCCGAACUAGAAUUAAAAGAAGAAUCUUCUUGCUUAUACCAAAAUGGCUUCAUGAAGACAUUCCUAAUAUGGAAAACAGUAAUGUCGUGAAAAUGCUACAGGAAAAGAGUGAAUUUAUGAAUAAUAAUUCCAGCGAAGAGGUUCUGUAUGUCGAUCCAGUGAUUACAGAGAUAGAAAUCUUUCUCCCAGAAGAACACAAGCCCAUGGACUGCAAGAAGGAAAAGAAGACAGGACUCCUGGAGAUGAGGGACUGCUUGCCAGAAUCACUGCUCACCAAUACAGUUGUGUAUAUUCCUGAUCUCAACACUGGAUAUAAACCCCAGACUUCACACUUUCUCACUGAGGAAAACCAUCUCAGCAAUAAUGAUGAAACACCUUCCUCAGCUCCCAAACUAACAACUGCUGAUUCCUCAGACCUGGGGAAAAAUGCUCGGUUUCAAAAAUAUCCUAAUUUUGCUCUUUCUGUCUCAAGUAUGAAUUCGCUACACAAUACACUAUUUCUCGAAAAAUUAAGCCUCAUUUUAAAUCGAGGAGAAUGCAGUGCUUCUGACAUGCAAAACUCGAUAGAGGGGGAAACCACCAUGCUUUUGGAAAAUGCUUCACCCAGUGAGACUAUCCCAGAACAGACGCUGCUCCCUGAUGAAUUCGUCUCCUGUUUGGGGAUCAUGAAUGAGGAGUUGCCAUCUAUCAAUUCUUAUUUUCCACAAAAUAUUUUGGAAAGCCACUUCAAUGGGAUUUAAUUCUUGGAAAAGUGUAGUCAAAAUCAAUGUGAGAAAGCUGCCUUGCAAUCUGAAGCUGAGUUUUCC